AUGAGCUCGAAUAGUAGUAGCUGGGACGUGAAAGAGGCUCUCUCGUUUUUUGAUGCCAAGGUGGCGCCUUUUGAGCACCUCCAGACACAGAAACCUCUGUUACCAUGGCUCACGGACGGACAACUGGCGUUAGUUUUGCCGGUGAUUGCCUACUGGGCGUUUUCACUGCUUUUCCAUGUCAUGGACACGUUUGAGCUGGCGGAGAAGUUUAGAAUCCAUCCCUCAGAGGAGGUCCAAAAGCGCAACAAGGCGAGCCGCCAAGAGGUGCUGAGCGAAGUUUUGCUGCAGCACGUCAUCCAGUCGGUCACGGGCGGUGCAAUGCUGUACUUCGAUCCGGCACCAAGUACAGGGUUUGAACGUCGCGCGAUGUGGGAGCUGAGACAGGGCUUGCCAUCGUGGGUUCCAAGCAGCGCCAUCUAUUUUGGCUACAUGUACGGCAUCUCGCUGGCCAAGGUUUUUGUGGGAUUCUGUUUCGUCGACUCAUGGCAGUACUGGCUGCACCGUCUGAUGCACACUAACAAGACGUUGUACCGCAAAUAUCACUCGAGACACCAUCGGCUUUACGUGCCUUACGCAUACGGCGCCCUUUACAACUCGCCUUUGGAGGGCUUUUUGCUCGACACGCUGGGCACGGGUAUCGCAGCCAUUUUAACGCGGCUGACGCACCGUGAACAGGCUUUGUUGUUCACUUUCGCUACGCUCAAGACUGUGGACGACCACUGUGGAUAUGCGCUUCCUUGGGAUCCCUUCCAAUGGAUUUUCCCCAACAACGCUGUCUACCACGACAUUCACCACCAACAGUUUGGUAUUAAGACCAAUUACGCUCAGCCAUUUUUCACAAUCUGGGACCAACUCUGUGGCACCAAAUUCCACGACUUGGGCAACUACGAAAAAGCUCAGCGCCGCAUUACCAUCGAUAAGUACAAGCAAUUCUUGAGCGAGCGUGAGGCUGAAAAACAGGCUAGGAUAAAGGCCGGCUUGGGGACAAAGAAGGAAAACUAA